AUGAUGUUGAUGAUGGAGAGCAUGAGGAGUCAACAGGAGCUUCUGAUGCAGCUCCGAGCGCUCGUCCUCCCCCUGCUCCACGGUGUCCAUGAUACCUCGGCUGACAUCGCCGCCCAGCUCUUUGACGACGUGAUCGGCUGCAACGUCAGCGUGGCAUCUAUGCUUGAAGGGUGCCUCAUCAUGAGUACGACCGGAGAUGAUGAUGAUGGACCAGCUGUAGAGCUCGUCGUCGACGACAAGUCGAAGAAGUCGUCGUUGGCGAGGAAGAGGAACAGUACUAUUACUGGUGACAGGACGACGGAUCAGGAACAAGCCAAGCCUAAUAAUAGCGCUGGUCAAAAGAGAAGGAACUAUUACAGAUGUGCCUACAGAGAAAGGAACUGCUCAGCAACCAAGACAAUUGAGCAACAGGAACAAAAUAAUGCCGGUACCAGUAGUGCCAUUGCUGGAGUGGAAAACGCCAAGUACACUGUUGUGUACUAUGGAGAUCACACUUGCAAGGACCAUAACAUCAGCAUGGUCCAGGCACCCCAGCAGCAGCCUGUUAAUAUGGAUCUUCAAAACGGGGAAAUGGCUCAAGCAACAGCAAAUGUUCAAGAGCCUGAGACAGACUUGGACUUGCCAGCUUUACUAGAGGUGUUUGACAACUCUCUCGUUGAAUGGGAUGACGGGAAGAUGUGA